GGAUUCUAGAAGCACGGGAAGCGGGGCUUGUUUGUGUGACGGAAUUGUGUUUUUCUCGCCUGCCUGCCUUCCUGCCUCUGCCUGCCUGCUUGCUCGCUCGCUCGCUCGCUUGCCUGCUUGCUUGCCCGCUUGCUUGCUGUGACAGUGGCAGCGAGGGUGCCUGUGGUAGGGGAGAGAAUCGUGGAGCUUUUGUUAGAAAGUGGUGGUGGUGGUGGAGGUGGGGCGAUGACGGGUGUGCUCCCGAGUCGGUGAGGCGCCUCACAAUGAGGAAGACGAGACACUCCUAGCACGCAGCCCCUAUAAAUUGCAGAGAUCGAGGGCCCUGAGAAAGAUUUCUUCGAGCGAGUGAGUGAGAGACUGAAAGAGAGAGAGAGGGCUGUCGGUGCUCGCUGGGAAUAGGCCCAGGAUGUCAUCGACGUCCAUGGCCAGCGAAGGGAAGCACGAGGGAGGGCGAUGAGGAUGAGGGUUUAGAAACCGGGGAGACGGUUGUACCGAAGGGUAGAGGAGUGAGUGAGUCGAUCAAUCGGAACCGAUUGUAAUCAGUGUUGCUGUUGCUCGUGCUCCUGCAGGACGAGGCGAGGAAAAGAAAGACGAUUAGGUUUCUUCUCGAAGGUCGGUCGGUCCAUCGUCACCUGGCGCUUGGGCCUGCGCAUUCUGGCGGAGAAAGCGUACUGAGAUGGAGACGGAAGGAAGCGAGGAGAGGCGGCCGGAUGCUCCUCCCGUCGGCGCUUCGGGGAUCAAAAUUCUCUUCACCAUCUUCCCCAUGUCCACUAGUAGGGCCCUUCAGGGAAAUUCGAGUCUGUAGAUUAGGAUUAGGAUAGGACGCGAGGAUUAGUCUUAGGCGAAGGAAGGCGCAGAGCGUCGCUCAUUUUUUUCCCGUGCCCAUCGAGUCGAUCAUUAUUCGACAAGGAGGAGGAGGAGGAAGAGGGAGGGAGGAGGACAACGACGAGGGUAGUUGCGGAGGUUCUUGGAGGCCGGAUGAGAGAGCGAGAGGCUGAUAGAUGAAAGGACUUCUUGGCAGUAAAAUUUCUUCGAGGGUUGAGAAUUUCGCAUGGUGGAAUGCUGGGGACAAGGUUGGGCCUAAAGGGCAUCAGUGGGGAGCCGAUGGGCCGAGGCCCGCACGCGAACUGUGUCGUGAGCCGCUGCCUUCGAACCGGAAGGACCCGGCAAUUUGCCAAAUCUGCACUCUAGUCACACUCUUAUGUACAUUCGUGCUCAGUCACCGGAAUCCUCCAACUGCUGCGGCAGUUUGGCACCCUUGGCCCCUCUAAUCUCAUCAUCGCACUCCUCGAGGGCUGAUGAUGGAGGCAGGGGUAUGUCCCCGGCCUCGCCUUUCUUCUCGCCGAGCGUAAGCUCCGCGAGCGCAGCAGCAGCAGCAGCAGAUCAGCGGGCGCUCGAUGCCGGCAUCGGCAUCGGCACCAGCCCCGCCAAGAACGUCGACCACAUCAAUGGCAGCAAGAGGAAGAACUCGAGCAGCAUCAGCUUCCGCAUCGACGACGGCUUCAACUAUGGCGACGAGUUCGUCACCAGGCGGCGCGAGGGCGUUUUGGCCCCGCCGCCGAGAGCAGGGAGCGAGUACUUCCGCCCCAGAGUCGAGAGCCAGUGCUUGAGCACUGGGGAUUUUUCCUCCGACAGCGUCUUCGAGAACGAGGAUCGGAUCGUCAAUUUUGUGAGUCCGUGUAAGUCCGCCCUGGACGUGGAAGGGUGCGCCGAAUUGGCGCAGUCGUGUAGCAGUUCUCUCCAUCAGCAUCAGCAUCAGCAGCAGCAGCAGCAAAAGGAGACGCAGACGACGACGGAAGACUCGUCGAGCGUGCUGCAGCAGAAGUGGAGCACCUCGAGCUCCUCCGAUAGCCUCAAAAGCAUCAAUCAAGACGAUGAUAGUGAGGAGAGAAGAAAGAGUGACCAAUUUUCACUCAAGUCCGCCCUUAAUGAAGAUGCUCUCUUCUACCACCGAAGCUUCGGCGCUGCGCACCACCAUCAGCAGCAGCAGCGGCCGGGCUCGCCCCCGAGCAUCGGGCUACACCGGAAGUGGAGCGACUCCAGUUGCUCCCUCGACAGCAUCGACCAGGAAGACGAGGACAAGAUGGCGCCUGCCUUCCCUGGCUCUCAUCAUCACCACCACAUGAGCAGCAACAACAACAGCAAUGGCAUUUCCAACACCGAGGCGCCCCGCCUUAAGGGGCUGUCCGGCAUGCUGCACAAGAAGUGGAGCGCGUCCAAUUGCUCCCUUGAUAGCAUCGACAACGACGACGACGAAGAAGACAACUACGAAAUCGGCUCGCGAUUCCCUCCGCUCAUCGAGUCCGUCAGACUCAAGGAUCCGAGCCCCAUGUUCCACUGCCGGAACGACAAGGAAGGCCCCAUCGUGUCCUCCUCGUCGUCCUCGAUCGGCAACCGCAGCGAGGACAGCUCGGGCUCCGUGGUGUCGGAUGUCGACUCCCCCGGAGACAUGGAGGUGGAGUCCUCACUCCGCGGCGGCUCCCACAGCCAGCUCAACUUGAGCUCUCUGGAGUCCUCUCUCCCCAUCAAGAGAGGGUUGUCGAGAUUUUGGAACGGCAAAGCAAAGUCCUUCGCGUUUCUGCAGGAUGUGUCAUCUCUGGCGACGCUGGCGGACCUGGCGAAGCCCGAGAACCCGUACAACAAGAGGCGCAGGUUCUCGUCGGGAUUCGGGAUGCGCCCGUCGUCUCCUCUGUCGCGGCCGCACACGGCCGGCAUCUCCAAGAAGCCGCCUUCGGGGACAGGCAAGAGCUGCCUGGCCAUAGCGGUGGCCAUGGGCAGCAAGGUGGAGAAUGGGCCCAAAUGUCUGUCGCCCCAGUCGGCGCUGCGCAACGCGCAGCGAUCCUUCUCUCUGUCGGAUUUGGAGCACCACGGGAUCAACCCGGACGUCUCUCACGCCCACGCCGCGGCGGCCAGCACCAUGACGAGGAUGCGACGAUAGCGAAGCUCCGGGCGAGCGACCACGGGUUGUGGGGACCUUCAGGCAGUUGCGGCUGCCCUCCCUGGAAAAUCUGGUCCGACGGUGCCUUCUGAUAGAUGAUAGAUGACGACGAUGGAUGAUGCCUGGUGUAGCUGGGACUUCUUGUACCUACUUAAUUCUUGUAUAUAUUGAACUCAUGAGUCAUGCAUGAUCAAUGGCACACCUCCCCUUUCCCUCCAGGAAAGAAUAGCGCAAUUUAGCAAAGAUAGCUCGUGAGAUAACAGUUAAGUCACAAGUCAAUGUCACUCGGUGUACUCAGUAAUUUUACUUUCUCAAAAACGUGUAUUUUAGUUGGC